CGAGGCGCCGACGAGUUGGUCGGGGCCGUUGGGGCCACAGCGCAGUGUUGGUUCGCCUCGCUACGGACCAGGACCCCUCAGACCCGGCCGGCCAAAGGCUUGGCGCUGCUUGACUUGGGCUUACAGUCGGUCCGGCUCCGCGGCUCAGCAGCGCAACAGUGACCGGCGCGGCAGCACGCUCAGCACGCUCUGCACGCUCUGCACGCUCAGCACGGUUCGGCCAUCCGCGAGUGCCACUCCUCGUCGCGUCGCGGCCCAGCGUCUUCCUCUUCCUCCUGGUGCCGGUGCCUGCUGCCUGGUGCCCGCUCCACCCCGCGGCGGUGCUCUGGCCUGCUGGCAUGGCGGCGACGGCCACUGCAGCGGUGACGGCCCGCCAGGUCCGCGGCGGCGGGGGCUAGGCGCGCACUAGGAGGCCACCCCUCCCGGGCCGCCGCCCUUCUCUCUCUCCCCCGCGCGCCGCCCACAGAGUCAACACAGCGCGGCUCAGCAGCAGGCGAGCGACACGACAGAGUGAGAGAGAGAUAAGGGUGAAGGCGUUAGCGCGCGAGGCCCGGCGCGGCCCCGGCGCGGACUGCGGCAGCAGCGGCGGCACUGAGGGCAAUGAGUCGGGAGAGGACGGCGGCAACAGCAACAGCAGCAGGGUGCUAGGAGCCAGCGGAGGCAGCGGAGCCAGCACUCACUCCACCCGGCAAGACGACAUCGACCUUCGGCGCCAUCAUGGGGCCGCAAGACCAGCGCAACGGCGCCACCACCUACCCCGACAACGACGGCGCCGCCGUGCCCCUCAACAGGGUGGCCAACGGCAACGGCAACGGCGUCAACGGCGUCCACGACGAGGAGGGGAUGCCCGUCCCCGGCCCCGGCGUACCGCGAUGGACGGGGGCGCGCCACUUCCUCACCCUCAUGCUGUUCCUGGGCAUGGCCAACGCCUACGUCAUGCGCACCAACAUGUCGGUGGCCAUCGUGGCCAUGGUGAACCAGACGGCGCUGCCUCGCAAGGAGGAGGAGGUCGACGACGAGUGCGGCGACGGCACCGUCCGCAGGAACCUGUCGGUUGUCAACGACCCCAAGGAGGAUGGCGAGUUCCUCUGGGAUACGGAGUUGCAGGCCUACAUCCUCAGCGCCUUCUUCUACGGCUACGUGCUCACGCAGAUCCCCUUCGGCAUCAUGGCUAAGAAGUACGGCGCCAAAUACUUCUUGGGCGUGGGGAUGCUCGUCAACUCGGUGUUCGGCCUCCUGGUGCCCGUGGCCGCGCGCAUGGGGGUGUGGCCGCUUAUCUUCGUGCGCUUCAUCCAGGGCCUCGGCGAGGGUCCCAUCGUGCCCUGCACGCACGCCAUGCUGGCCAAGUGGAUCCCGCCCAACGAGCGCAGCCGUCUGGGAGCCUUCGUGUACGCUGGCGCGCAGUUCGGCACGGUGUUCUCGCUGCCGCUGAGCGGGCUCUUGUCCCGCUACGGCUUUGACGGCGGCUGGCCUUCCAUCUUCUACGUGUUCGGCGCCAUCGGCACCGCCUGGUCCAUCGCCUUCCUCAUCUGGGUCUUCGAGGACCCCGACAGCCACCCCCGCAUCCGCGACGCCGAGCGCAAGUUCAUCGUCGGCUCGCUGGGCGGAGAGAAGAAUGAGAAGACGCCGCCCAUACCGUGGAUGGCGGUGCUCAAGUCGAUGCCCUUCUGGGCCAUCCUGGUGGCGCACAUGGGCCAAAACUACGGUUACGAGACGCUGCUCACCGAGCUGCCCACGUACAUGAAGCAGGUGCUGCACUUCACCAUCAAGCAGAACGGACUCCUGUCGGCGCUGCCGUACCUCGCCAUGUGGAUAUUCUCCAUCGUGGUGAGCAUCGUGGCUGACUGGAUGACGUGGACCCGAGGCGUCUCACUGACCAAGACGAGGAAGCUGCUCAACGGCAUAGGCAUGUUCGGGCCGGCGCUGGCGCUCAUCGCCGCCUCCUACACGGGCUGUUCGGCGCCGCUCACGGUGGGGCUGCUGUCGCUGGGCGUGGGCCUCAUGGGCGGCACCAUGAGCGGCUACCGGAUCAACCACCUCGACAUCUCGCCGCGCUUCGCCGGCAUCCUCAUGAGCCUCACCAACUGCAUCGCCAACGUGUUCGCGCUGCUCGCGCCCCUCGUGGCCGGGUUCAUCGUCGAGGGGAAGCCGACGCAGGCCGCGUGGAGGGUGGUGUUCUUCAUCAGCGCCGCCGUGUAUGCUGCUUGCUCCGGCUUCUACCUCAUCUUCGCGUCCGGUGACGUCCAGCCGUGGGACGACCCGGACAAGGACGCGUACACGUCCGUGGAGACGGGGGCGGCCAACGACAUCGCCGCGCGGCGGCGCAGUCGGCGGGACAGCCAGCUGGAGCAGGCGGAGACCACCCUGCAGACUUUCUAAAGGGCCCAGGCCGGCCCGGGCCUUUAGGCUCGCCUUUAGGGACUCGGCGGGGCUUUAACCGGCCUUAAGUGCUUAAUUGUGAAGAUACGAAGGAUGGGGUCUAAUGAACCUUAAGGAAUGGGGCACAUGUCAGGAGCCAGGGCCCUGAACUCGUCAGCGGCCUUGGCGGCGACUUCAUCAGGGAUCUCGCCUGGACUGGACAGGCCCUUACCGUCAACCGUCACCUCCUCGGACGCGAGGACCGCUCCUCGGACGGAGACGGGCCAAGGACUUCGCCCUCUCCAGGAUUCACCAAGGACACACUACUCUGGCUUCUCUGAGUUGCCUGACGGUGAUGCUGACCCGUGCUCCUGACCGCGGGCAGCACGGCGGCCAGCCCGGUCCGUGCGAAUGGACGCUGCACGAUGAGUGGAGGCGGGUUGGGCCGGGCAGCGAAGGCCUGCGGGGCCUUC